GGUUCCAAACGCACGUCCCAUGUCGUCCGCCUUGGCUCUGCCUGGACUUUCGGAUGACAAGAGCGGCUUUCGAAAGCAUGCCAAGAAGUUGCUGGAGAAACACUGCACGGUAGAUGUGGCCAACGAAUGGCAAGCCGUGGACGACCAGAAGAUCGCUAAGCUCCGUGGCAUCUUGAAGGGUCUUCAAGAAGAGAACCAAUCCACUCAGCUCCUCAAGGUGGAAAGUGAGGACCGAGAGGCGCAACUGGCUCUUCAAUCGACGCGCAAAUCGGUGGAGACGCGGCUAGCGUUCUGCAAGGAGAAAGAGAUGAUGUUCAAAAAGCGCCAAGAAGAGUUAAGAAAGCAUGUUCUCGACAAUCAGAAAUCGCUGCAAGAUUUGGAAUCCCAAAUUGAAAAAAGUGAGAAAAAAGCCUUGGAUGAGCAAGCCCAAGGCCGAAAAUUGGACGUUGAUAUCCGGCAGUUGGAGAAGGAGCUCAAGCAAAAGGAAGAGACCAGAGAUAUGGAGCAAGGGAAAAUUGCAAAGAUGGCGAGAUACAAGGACUUCCUGGAACAUGUCAUUCAGGAAAGCCGUGAGGAAUUUGGAGAUGACAUAGAAGUCUUGAUGAAUCGAUACGCAACGUUGGAGUCCGCCAGCCAGGAGCUUACACAGGCAAAUGAAGAGCUGGUUCUGAGGCUAGAUGGACUUCGAGAAGAAUUCACACGUAUUCACACAAAGUUGCAGAACGAGCACUUGGCUAUCAGUAGUCAGCUGCACAAGUGUCAGGUUGAACUGGAACAGCACUUGGCUGAGAGUCAGGAGUUGGAGCAGCGCUUAAACAGAGCGCUCGAGGAGAAGGAGGUCAAGGAGAGCCAGGUUGGUGUCAUUACUAUGGCGAUUGAACAGCUCUUCUCCCGAACUGUGAAUUCCUGCCGUUUACCGCAGCGGAAGAAGGCGAUGAUGGACGCUACGGACAUCAAGUUUGCACCGGUCCGGGGUGACAAAGGUGACGCUCGUUUGGAGGAAAUGUUCAAGCAGAUCAUCGAGCGCGUAGAAGACUUGCAGGAGAUGCAUGCAACUGCAACUGCCCAGCUGAACAGAGAGAAGCAGAAGGAGGACGAUGGCAUCUUUGAUGAACGCGGCUUCAUGGACCGAAUCAAGUUCGUCUAUCAACGAGGCUCGACUGUGUCGACAUAUCCUUACCGAAGUGCUGGCAAGCGGAUGCAACGAGUUUAUUGCUCCAAGGAACUCUUCACAAGAUUUAUGUUGUGA